UAAGCGAAAAUGAGAAACGUCCCUUUGUAGAAGAAGCUGAGAGGCUCAGGGUCCAGCACAAAAAGGAUCACCCGGAUUAUAAAUACCAGCCACGGAGGAGGAAAAGUGUCAAAGCCGGGCAGAGCGACUCCGACUCGGGAGCUGAGCUCAGUCACCACGCGGGCACGCAGAUCUACAAAGCGGACAGCGGGCUGGGAGGCAUGGCUGAGUCCCACCACCACGGUGAUCACACAGGCCAGACCCAUGGGCCACCCACCCCACCCACCACCCCCAAAACGGACCUCCACCACAGCAGCAAGCAGGAGCUGAAGCACGAGGGCCGCCGCCUCGUGGAGAGCGGCCGCCAGAACAUUGACUUCAGCAACGUGGACAUCUCGGAGCUGAGCAGCGAGGUCAUCAACAACAUGGAGACCUUCGACGUGCACGAGUUUGACCAGUAUCUGCCGCUCAAUGGCCAUGCUGCCAUGCCAGCCGACCACGGCCCCAAUGCCGCUGCGGGCUCUUACGGCACGUCCUACUCCCACUCGGCCACGGGCACCGGUGGAACCAACCAGGUGUGGACUCACAAAAGCCCAUCCUCAGCAUCACCAUCAUCUGCUGACUCGGGCCAGCAAAGGCCACACAUCAAAACGGAGCAGCUGAGCCCCAGCCACUACAGUGACCAGUCCCACGGCUCCCCGGCACACUCCGACUACGGCUCCUACAGCGCCCAGGCUUGUGCCACCACCGCCUCCACCGCCACGGCCGCCACCUCCUUCUCCAGCUCCCAGUGUGACUACACGGACCUCCAGAGCUCCAACUACUACAACCCCUACCCUGGUUACCCCUCCAGCAUUUACCAGUAUCCCUAUUUCCACUCUUCCCGUCGUCCUUACGCGACACCCAUCCUCAAUGGUUUGUCCAUCCCACCAGCCCACAGCCCAACUGCUAACUGGGACCAACCGGUCUAUACGACCCUGACGAGGCCUUAAAGGAUGCGUGGAGCCCCCCGAGGGUUUCCUCAACGUGUGCACUAAUGAAGGAAUGAAGAUGAAGAGCGUAGAGCGCCGGUGAUAGUUUCCAAAGUGCCUCCUGAGCCACUGGGAACUCUACUCGUUACGACUGGAUGUCCCCUUUUGCUUCAAAACUCUCCAAAAGGACAGAGCUCUAUUUUUCUUUAAUUAAUACAAUU